AUGGAUUACAUUUCCUCAUAUAUUGCACAAGAUUGUUUACAAUAUGAACAAGUUUGGAACGACCUGUUUGAUGACCUUUCUUUCUUAAAAAUAUGUCGAAAAUUGGAGAUAUAUUUCACUCUUAUUGGCGAUAUUGUGCCUGACGCCAGAUUGGGCGACAGCCCUCGAUACUUGACCCUAAUCAUAACAAACGAUGGCAUAGCUACACUUACUCAACUAGCAUGGAAUUCCUUUAUGCGUUGUCUUAAAGAACCAUAUGAAUAUAGAGAAUCGCAGUUUGAAAUCAAAUUCGAUACCCAGAACAUCAUUUUAAACCUCUACAACUUCGUCCAUAUUGGCAUGCACGGCUCUACAGUAAUAGCCGAUCCGACUCGUUUGGUCCAUGAUUAUUAUAAGAGCGGCACUAUGAGGACGCUCGCAAUGUCCGCAAGCACCUUCCUACAACCUUCUCCCGAGCCUCCAAAUCCUACUUGCCCAGGUCCAAUCACCACUCACAAUGACCGCGAUUAUAAAAUAGAACUUGCUAUUGCCAAGAGGAAACGACAUUUUAUCCUCGUGCCUUCAGUGGUACAGACUUGGCCUGCCUAA